UGCACUUUUGUCAAAAUCAAAAUUCUCCGAACAUCUCGAAACUGCAUUUUGCAAUAUUUUUAUUUUCACUUGAAAAAAAAAAAUAUAAUUUAUUAAAUUUAUCAAAAGUGUUUUACUUUAAAAUAUAUCCAAUAUGUCCACUUCAGCAUUCUCCACAUCUGAAAGUGUUUCAUUAGAACGUCAAGCAGAAACAGACAACGAUUUGGACACUCCUUUCGAACAAAUUUGGUCUGACAAACACUUGAAAGUUUGCUCUGGUUGGAUUAAACAAAAUAAUUAUAAAAAUGUUUGUCUACAAUUCCCAGACAAUUAUCUUCCUUUUAGUGUGAGAAUAUCGGACAGCUUGAAGGCCGAAUGCAAAACAAAUGUCUUUGUUCUGGCCGAUACAUCCUAUGGCAGUUGUUGUGUUGAUGAGAUCGCUGCUGCUCACGUCGAAGCCGAUAGUUUGAUACAUUUUGGUAAUGCGUGUCGCAGUAAGGUUUCUCGUCUACCAGUUCUCUACAUGUUCCCAGAGUUACCCUUUGCCAUUGAAGAAUUUGAAAAACACAUCAAAGCUCUCAAUGUCGAAGGUAAACCUGUAUCAAUUUACUUAGACAUUGGCUACCAUUACCUGUUGGAUCAGGUAUCUGAUAAUAUGUUUGAAAACGUUAGGGUUUUGCUGUCCGGAGCACAAGUUUCUAUCAAAACAUAUCCAUUCGAUGAAGAAUCACAUGAGGAACACGAAACAACGGGCGAUCGAAUUUGUAUUUUUAUCGGCGCCGACAACAAUCGCUUCUUUAAUCUUUCCCUAACAUCAAAAGCCGCCCAAUGGUUCAUUUACAAUCCAAAACUUAAUAUAUUCGAAGAAAAGAAUCCGCUCACUGCCAGUUACAUUCGUCGCCGAUAUUUUUAUAUCGAAAAAUGUAAAGAUGCACAAAUGCUUGGAUUGAUUGUGGCCACACUUACAUCGGACGGGUACUUAAAUGUGGUCACUCGUUUACAAGAAAUGGCCAAAAGCCAUGGUAUUAAAACUCAAAUUAUAUCCGUUGGCCGGAUAAAUCCAGCAAAAUUGGCAAAUUUCCUUGAAAUUGAUUGUUUUGUCAUGAUUGGAUGUCCCUUCAAUAAUAUGUAUACUUCAAAGGAAUUCUAUAAACCAAUUGUUUCGGUGUUUGAAGCUGAAAUGGCAUUGAAUCCAGCUUGGCAUAUGAAAUAUCCAGAAGCGUAUGUGACUGAUUUUAAGGAAAUUCUUCCAGAAGGAAGUAAUUAUAUGGAAUUCAAAGCAGAUGAUGUUACUGAAAAUGAUGUUAGUUUGGUUAGUGGGCGGAUGCGUAGUUCGGGAAUUGGUGAUGGUGAGGAAAGUGUGGAAAAUGGAACACAGGCGAUAGCACAAGUUGGAAAAAUGCAUCUAAUGGAAACAAGUAAUGGGCUGACGUUUGAGGAUCGAACGUGGAAGGGAUUAGAUCCAGAGCUGGGAUGUACUGAACCAGCAAAAAUUCAGAAAGGUUUAAGUGGGAUUCCAACAAAUUAUACACAUGACUAGAGACUUAAUUUUAUUACAAUUAUUUUUUUUCUUGACAAUUUUUUAUACGCUUUUUCAAUAAAACUCGCUUAUAAUUGCAAUUAAUAAAACAAUUAAUUAAAAAAAAGUUACAGA